AUGAGAGUGAAGAAAAGCACCGAGCCUCCCGAUAGCGAAGGGGCAUCAGAUCAAAAGCAAGAUCCCCUCGAGAGACGGCGGCUGCAAAAUCGUCUUUCACAAAGAAAUCACCGCCGCAAGAUUCGAGAUCGUAUCGCCAAACUUCAGGAACGAGUCAUCGCCAACGAACUUCGAGCAGCGGCAGCCCUGAAUGGCUGGGAUCAGCCCUACACCCCUCCGCCUCUGUUAGGGUCUAGAAAUCUAUUUCAGCAGGAUAGUGGACCGGGAAACGGCGGCGCAGAUACUUCCUCAUCAAUGACAGAGCCUUUCUUGAGCUUUAGUUCUUCGUAUGGGUUGUCGAUGACAUCGCCUUGGCCCAUCGCUGCAGCACAAUCAUCUACCCUUUUAUCUGAAGAUUCGACAUGGCUCUGGAAUAUCGGAUCCUCCCCAAUGGACACAACAUAUUCCAAUUUGACUCUUUGUGACCUGAUGAGUGAUGCGACAAACCCAUCAUCCUUAGGGAGUGGUGAGGAACAACCAAUCCCGGACCUAUCAAGUACAUGGAGUCCACCACACUCUUCCGCGAGCUUUGCGACUCCAGUAAACCAGCCAUUAUACUACGCCGUGAAUGAAACAGCAUUACCCCAAAUCCUCCAAGUCCUAAGCACCGCCUCUCCUCAGUCUAAGAUCAUCGUUCUCGUCCCACCAGACAUAGUAUCUACAGGUAUGGAGUCCACUGCAACCUCUUCUCUGCUAGAGAACUGCGGCCUGCAAGACUUUUCGCACCAGAUGGGUGUUGCGCCAAGCAAGAUGUGUCAAUGCCAAUCUCAAAGCAUGGCACCUGGGUUGCCGGCAUCGAUGGGGUCUAGGGCAUGGGCAAAUCCGACACCCUCGUACCUGAACGGAUGCCCGUCGAAGUUCAGUAAUGCUAUUGGCGGAGGCUUGUCAAACUUACCGUCAACGCAUUGA